UUUUCCCCUUCGACUCUUCUCCAGCUCCCACCCUCACCUCCAACUCCAAGAAGCAGCCAAUCCAGCAACCCGUGCCGCGGCGCCGCGCCGCGCGGAUGGCGGGUGGCAGCGGCGAGGGCGCCGCAAUGUCGCCGCCUUCCUCCUCCGGUGUUGGCGGCGGCAGCGGUGGCGGAAAGCGCGGGAGGGAUCCGGAGGAGGACGUGUACGUGGACAACCUCCACUCCCAUAAGCGGUACCUCAGCGAGAUAAUGGCGUCCAGCCUGAACGGGCUGUCUGUUGGAGAUUCGCUUGCCGACAACAUCAUGGAGUCCCCUGCGAGGUCGGAGAGUUUCUCUUGUGUCAGGGACGAAAUAAUCUCCCAAUACUCACCAAUGUCAGAAGACUCAGAUGACUACCGGUACUUCGACACACAACUAAACCCCAACGGGAGUCAAGGCGAUGCAAUGGUCAGCCCAUCAACUAGUCCAAUGUCAUCUCCUCAUCGGUUCCAGAAACCGCAAGCUGGUUUCCUACCAUCAAGCCCAUAUCCUCUCCCCAGCUGCUCCCUCUCAUCCGUAGCUUGCUCUCACCCUCGACGUGGCUCCGAGAAUGAAGGCCGGUUCCCGUCUUCACCCAAUGACAUGUGCCACGGCGCAGACCUGAGGCGAACCGCGCUACUGAGGUCGGUGCAGAUGAGGGUGCAUGGUCCCCACGCAUACGACCCGUCAUUCGGCAGCCGGCAGGAGCAAGAGCAUGUCCAUGAGCAUGAUGAUGAACAUGGUCAUGAACAUCUGGAAGAUUUGAGAGGGCCGGAAAGACCAUCUUGCAGGAAAUCAAUUGAUAAUGAAGCUAGUGGCUACCAGGGGGCUGAAAACAGCUAUGGGCGGCAGGAGCGCGAUAUUGAUUACAUCGGCGGCUGCACAGCUGAUGAUGUCUUGAGUGGCCCCAAGUUCAAGCAAGAAGAUGAUAACCAAGGUACUAACUGAACUUCGGGCUGUUCAGCUAUCCACCAGCUCCGUGGAAUUAUAGGAUCUGCAGAGCACCUAUUUUCCAGCUCCACUAUUUUAGCCUGCAGCUCCGCCAACUCCGCGAGCUGAGUCUGGAGCGGAGGGACUCCGAACACUCCCUCCUUGUCAACAUUUUGAGACAUUCCGUUACACUUCCAGCGGCUACAUUACGUUUUUCCCAAACAAGGUUGUACACUGUUUAAGGCUACAUUACGUUUUUCCCAAACAAGGUUGUACACUGUUUAAGAACGAAAAUGCUAUACUCACGGACUAAUACGGGCUCUUUCCUUCUCCUUCUAAUUAAAC